AAAAGGAAGAGAGGGAGUGCGGCUAGGGUUUUAUUCCUUUCCUCACAACACACUCUCCCCGCUCCCGCGUCUCUAUCCUCUCGCCGCCGCCGCAGCUAGAGACCUUGUGUUCCUUCCCCUCGCAUCGAUCUCGGGUGGAGAGCCAUGGCGAUGCAGUCCGGCAGGCGAGCAUCGUAGCCAGAAGGGUCAGUUCCCCAACCCAGCAGGCGAGCUUUGUAGAGUGACCUUUGCCUCGCCGACGUCGGAGACGCUCCACCAUGGCGACCAUGAACCAGUUUGACAUCCUCGGGGGCGACGACAACGACGACCCCGCCCAGCUUCUGGCCAAGGCGGCUGUCGCGGCGCAGAAGGCUGAGGCGAAGAAACCGGCGGCGGCGGCGGCCGCCGGGAAGGGUGCGCAGCCGGCCGCGGCCAAGCUCCCCACCAAGCCGGCUCCCCCUUCACAGGCUGUGAGGGAGUCGAGGGAGGGAGGUGCACCCUCACGCGGAGGAUUUGGGCGAGGUGAACGUGGCCGCGGCAGAGGAGGCCGAGGCUAUGGUCAAAACCGAGACUUUGGCGGCGAAGAAAUGAAUGGCUUCCAGGGAGGAUAUGGUGGUGGCGGUGGAGGAUAUGGUGGUGGCGGUGGUGGAAGAGCCGGAGGUGAAGAAGGCGCUCAGGACAGAGAGAGGGCUCCUCGUCCACCCUACCAGGGAGGCCGACGAGGUGGUUUUAGGGACAGUGGAUAUGGUGAUGACUCUGAGAGGGUCCCUAGGAGGCCAUAUGAGCGCCAUAGCGGCACUGGACGUGGCUAUGAGAUGAAGCGUGAGGGUUCUGGGCGUGGGAACUGGGGAACCACCACCGAUGAAAUUCUUGCCCAGGAAACUGGGGAAGCCCUGAAGUUGGAUGAGAAGGUCCCUGUUUCUGACAAGCAGGGUCCACUGGAGGAUGCUCCACAGGCAGAUGAGAACAAGGAUAACAAAGAUGCCACUCCGAAUGAGGAAGAAAAGGAAGAGGAUAAGGAAAUGACUCUCGAAGAGUUUGAGAAAUUAAGGGAGGAGAAGAGGAAGGCACUUCUCUCUUUGAAGACUGAAGAGAGGAAGGUUGAAAUUGACAAGGAUCUGCAGUCUAUGCAACCACUUUCCAACAAGAAAGAAAAUGAUGAAGUUUUCAUCAAACUGGGAUCAGACAAGGAUGCUUUGAAGAAGAAAGAAAAUGCUGAACGCGAAGAGCGUGCUAAGAAGUCUGUGAGCAUCAAUGAGUUUCUAAAACCAGCUGAAGGAGAGAGGUUCUAUGGCAGCCGUGGUCGUGGCAGGGGCCGUGGGGAUCGUGGUGGUUUCAGAGGUGGAUAUGGCGAGGGCCAUCGCUACGCAGCCCCACCAGCUCCAUUGAUCAAAGACCAAUCCCAAUUCCCCUCCCUUGGUGGGAAAUGAAAUGCACGUACUGUUUUGAGUAUCAUGUUACGUUUGCUUUCAACUUCGAAUUUUGUCUAUCCGUAAUCACUGUGCCCGUGCUAAUCAAACAAAUAAUGUUGUUGCAUUCGGUCAGUCCCCGAUAUGUCGGUCGAAUUUGUAUAUCAGAGAUGCUUUUUUACGUUUCAGAAUUUUGUAGGCUGAUAUUGAACUCCCUUUCAUUACCAGC